AUGGCCAACUCUCGUACAAACAGCUUCCUGCACGCUCCGAAGAGCAGCGUCGAUACUCUGGGUGUCCGUCCCGGCACGUCACCAUCCACGAGCGAAGUGGGCAGCUCUCACAGACGCAGUCACUCUGCUAGUGUCAUUGAUCGCAAGAGCAUUCUCGCAGAUGCCAAUCUCACAAUCUUCGACAGGAACAACAAGCCUUCGUUAUCGCACAGCCGAACAUCGACGCAGAUCCUCAGUGGUCGCGAACUACCGCCAUUAGACCUACCAGUCGACCCGAUUACCGUCGAACCUCCCUCUGUCACAUCACCCAUCAUCGAAUCUCCAAUCAGCAGCAGCAUCCCGCUACCUCCCUCGAAACCCGUACCUCGCGACCGCUACGGCUUCAAAAAGACCUCGUUACAUAUAGCCGUCGAAGACUACGAUGCCUGGGAAAAGGAAUACAAUGUCCAUCUUGAGCGAAGGCGGGCCAAGUGGAACGUCCUGAUGAGACAAUUCGGCUACACGACAGAGAACCCUACACGUUUCCCGACAAAGUCUGAGAAAAUCAAGAGAUAUGUACGCAAGGGUAUUCCGCCAGACUGGCGAGGCGCUGCCUGGUUCUGGUAUGCUGGAGGUCCGAAGAAGUUGGCCGAGGAUCCUGGAUUGUACUGGAACCUGCUCAAGCAGGUCAAUCAGGGUGCUUUGAGCGACAACGACCGCGAACACAUUGAGCGCGAUCUCAAUCGUACGUUCCCGGACAACGAUCGUUUCAAGCCCGACAAUCGACCCACAACCUCAGAGCAAAGUCGCGGCAUUGGCGAGACCGAGAACGAGACGUCCAUGAUCAAGGCUCUGCGACGGAUAUUACAAGCCUUUGCCGUACACAACCCGAACAUCGGAUAUUGCCAAAGCCUCAACUUCAUCGCCGGCCUCCUCCUGCUUUUCCUCAACGAGGACGAGGAAAAGGCCUUUGUCUUGCUAAAUGUUGUGACCAACGAGCAUCUUCCCGGCACCCAUGGUGUCGCCCUCGAAGGAGCAAACAUCGACAUCGCCGUGCUCAUGACCUCGAUCAAAGAAUCUCUCCCCACCAUCUGGGCAAAACUAGACGAUAAACCCGGCACGCCUGCUGCUGGAGCACCUACCCGUCUCCCUACUGUCAGCUUGGCAACAACAGCAUGGUUCAUGUCCCUCUUCGUUGGCACCUUGCCCAUCGAAUGCGUCUUGAGAGUUUGGGACUGCCUCUUCUUCGAAGGUUCCAAGACCCUUUUCCGUGUCGCCCUAGCCAUCUUCAAAUCUGGCGAACACGACAUCAAAGCUGUUUCUGAUCCCAUGGAGAUCUUCCAGCUUGUCCAAACAAUGCCUAGGGGUAUGUUGGACGCUAAUGCGCUUAUGGAGACUUGUUUCCGCAAGCGAGGUGGCUUUGGAGGAUUGAGUCAGGAUGUUGUUGAGAAGAGAAGGGAGGAAGGCAGAGUGGCUACACGUGCUGGCAGGACGUUGACCGCUGGCCCGGAACUCAGGGGUAGAGGUGAGGAUGGAAGAAGAAGUUUCAUGAGAGCGAAGAGUAAGACCAGAUUUUCGAGACGGCAGACCAAGGGGGCGUGA